UUAGAGAGAGAAAGUGUAGAGAGAGAGAACCCUCUCUCCUUCCUCCAAAAUUCUCCCAAAGUCCCUCGAUCUAAGAAACCUAACCAUUUUCCUCCAUAGCUGUUCGAGUCAUGUCCUCACUAAGCAGAGAGCUUGUUUUUCUAAUACUUCAAUUUCUCGACGAGGAGAAAUUCAAGGAGACUGUUCAUAGAUUGGAGCAGGAGUCAGGUUUUUACUUCAAUUUGCGUUACUUUGAGGAAUUGGUGACUAAUGGUGAGUGGGAUGAGGUUGAGAAGUAUCUGUCUGGCUUCACAAAGGUUGAUGACAACAGAUAUUCGAUGAAAAUUUUCUUUGAAAUCCGGAAGCAGAAAUAUCUUGAAGCUUUAGACAAACGUGACCGUGCUAAGGCAGUGGAGAUUUUAGUGAAGGAUCUGAAGGUUUUCGCGACAUUUAACGAAGAUCUCUUCAAGGAAAUUACCCAGCUGUUAACAUUGGAGAACUUUAGAGACAAUGAGCAGCUGUCUAAGUAUGGGGAUACAAAGACAGCAAGAGGUAUUAUGCUUGGCGAAUUAAAGAAACUAAUAGAGGCCAAUCCACUCUUUCGCGAGAAACUUCAGUUUCCUGCCCUCAAGAGUUCCAGGUUGCGGACUUUGAUAAACCAAAGUUUAAACUGGCAGCAUCAGUUGUGUAAGAAUCCAAGGCAGAAUCCUGACAUCAAAACUCUAUUUGUGGACCAUACGUGCAACCUACCAAAUGGUGCGCGUGCUCCAUCUCCUGUCACAAAUCCCUUAAUGGGUUCUGUGCCAAAGGCAGCAGGAUUUCCCCCAUUGUCUGCUCAUGGUCCAUUUCAGCCUGCACCAGGUGCAAUUCCAACGCCUCUUGCUGGAUGGAUGGCUAAUCCAUCUUCCAUGCCUCACCCUUCUGCCUCCGCAGGUCCCAUGGGACUGGCUGUUCCGAACAGUGCAGCUGGUAUCUUAAAACGCCCCAAGACCCCCCCUGGUGCCUUGGAGUAUCAAACUGCAGAUUCUGAACAUAUUGUGAAGAGACCAAGGCCUUUCGGAGCCUCAGAUGAGGCACUCAGCAAUAGUGCUGGUAAUCUUCCAGUAAACAUUUUGCCAGUCGCGUACCCCGGCCAUGCCCAUGGGCAUAACGCAUUAUCACCUGAUGAGUUGCCCAAGGCUGUUGUUGCGACUCUCAGUCAGGGUGCACCUGUCAUGAGCAUGGAUUUCCACCCGGUUCAACAAAUUCUUCUCCUCGUUGGUACGGCUGUGGGUGCUGUUUUCUUGUGGGAGUUGGGUGCUCGAGAAAGGAUUGCAGUAAAGGGUUUCGAGGUCUGGAAGAUUGAAGUUUGUUCGAAAGCUUUGCAGGCAUCUCUUAGUGCUGAUUACACUGCAUCUGUGAAUCGUGUGGCAUGGAGCCCUGAUGGUACACUUUUUGGUGUGGCAUACUCUAAGAGCAUUGUGCACAUAUACGCUUCCCAUGGGGGCAGUGAUAUAAGAAAUCAUCUGGAGAUUGAGGCUCAUGCUGGGAGUGUUAAUGACCUUGCAUUUUCGUACCCAAACAAACAACUAUCUGUUGUCACUUGCGGCGAGGACCGAUUGAUUAAGGUCUGGGAUGCUGUUACUGGGGCAAAGCGGUUUUCCUUUGAGGGUCAUGAAACACCAGUCUUUUCUGUUUGCCCGCAUCACAAGGAGAACAUUCAGUUCAUCUUCUCAACAUCAACUGAUGGAAAGAUAAAAGCUUGGUUGUAUGAUAAUAUGGGAUCAAGAGUUGACUAUGAUGCUCCUGGCCAUUCUUCAACAAGAAUGGCAUACAGCAGUGACGGCACAAGGCUGUUCUCUUGUGGGACAAACAAAGAAGGAGAGUCAUUCUUAGUGGAGUGGAAUGAAAGUGAAGGAGCUGUGAAAAGAACAUAUAUUGGCCUUGGAAAACGGUCUGUGGGGAUUGUGCAAUUUGACACAACCAAAAAUAGGUUCUUAGCUGCUGGUGAUGAGUCUACUAUCAAGAUUUGGGACAUGGACAGCACGAAUCCUUUGACAACGAUUCAUGCAGAUGGUGGCUUACCGGCUUCUCCUUGCAUUAGAUUUAACAGGGAAGGGAUACUGUUAGCUGUCUCAACUACUGACAAUGGCAUUAAAAUUCUUGCAAAUUCUGAUGGAAUUAGGUUGCUGAGAACAGCAGAAAGUCGCCCAUUUGCUCCUUCAUCGGUUAUGAAGGCCCCUACAGUGACUGGUUUUGGUUCCCCAAGUGCAAAUGCUGGAACAAGUAUGGCAGAUAGAGCUGCAUCUGUUGCCGCUAUGGAUGGCAGUAACAAUGAUAGCCGAAGUCUGACUGAAGUGAAGCCUAGAAUCACUGACGAUCCAAUGGAAAGAUCUAGGACAGGGAAACUUACAGAGAUUAGUGAACCAUGUCAGUGCCGCUCCGUGAGGCUCCCUGAUAGUCUGACGGCCACAAAGGUUUCCAGAUUAAUUUACACAAAUACUGGACAAGCGGUAUUGGCCUUGGCAUCUAAUGCGGUACACAAGCUCUGGAAGUGGCAGAAAAAUGAUCGUAAUAUGAGUGGAAAGGCAACAGCUAAUGUAACACCUCAAUUGUGGCAACCUGCAAGUGGGAUAUUGAUGACCAAUGACAUAAGUGACACCAAUCCUGAAGACACUGUUCCCUGUUUUGCCUUGUCCAAGAAUGAUUCCUAUGUUUUGUCAGCUUCUGGGGGAAAGAUUUCUCUCUUCAACAUGAUGACAUUCAAGACUAUGACAACUUUCAUGCCCCCACCACCAGCGGCAACAUUUUUGGCGUUUCAUCCUCAGGAUAAUAAUAUAAUUGCCAUUGGAAUGGAAGAUUCUUCUAUCCAAAUCUACAACGUUCGAGUUGAUGAGGUGAAAACAAAGUUGAAAGGUCAUCAGAAAAGAAUAACGGGUCUUGCUUUCUCACAGACUCUGAAUGUUCUUGUAUCUUCAGGAGCCGAUUCUCAGCUGUGCAUUUGGAACACGGAUGGAUGGGAGAAGCAAGCUAGCAAGUUUUUGCAGAUUCCGAAUGGAAGAUCCAUGCCACCUGUGUCUGAUACCCGCGUCCAGUUCCAUCUCGAUCAGACUCAUCUUCUUGUCGUUCAUGAAACUCAAGUAGCCAUAUACAUCGCUCCAAAGCUUGAAUGCUGGAAGCAGUGGUUUCCCCUUGAAGCAAGCGGUCCGAUCACGUCUGCAACAUAUUCUUGCGAUAGCCAGUCGAUAUACGUUAGCUUUGAAGAUGGCAAAGUCGAUAUCCUCACUGCUCCGAAUCUCAGGCUGAGAUGUCGGAUAAACCCGUCGGCCUAUUUGCCUUCCAACCCAAGCUCAAGGGUAUACCCUCUCGUGAUAGCGGCUCACCCAUCAGACCCAAACCAGUUUGCAUUAGGUCUCAGUGACGGAGGCGUACAGGUGCUCGAGCCAUUAGAGACAGAAAGUAAAUGGGGAAGCUCACCUCCUGCAGAAGACAGUGCCGGCCCAAGCUCUGCUACUGGAGUAGUUUCCUCUGAACAACAUCAAAGGUGAAAACGUUUUCACCUUGCUCGAUCCCCCCUCUUGCAAGCGCGUUGAUCGUUUUUUUUUUUGCGUUUCUCGUCUCGAACUCCUCCUUUUAGAUGAAUAUAUGGAAACUCCUACAGUUUUUUUUAGAGUAAUCAAUCAAAGCCUGAUGUAGACCAAGGUUUUCUCCUAGCCUGUGGCUUGCAAGUUUUUGCAGCUUUUAAUGGCGGCUUUAGGGUUUCUUCUUUGUUCCUUUUUUUUUUUCACAACCUAGGAUGAGAAAUAACUUCUCUUGAAUGUAAAUUUGUCCGAUCAACGCGAGAAGAGGAAGGUGAAAAAACUGAACCCUCGAAAGCUAA